AUGUCUUCCAUUCUUAGAACCCCAUUGGUUCGUCGUUUCUCGACAUUAACCCCAAUAUUGCAAAAAACCGUACCAUCCGCCGCCAUUUCGCAAGCUCAGAUCCCAAAGGAAAUAGUGUCUGGAGCUCCAUCAGAUUUAGUCACUAAAAGAGUGGUGAGAAUCUACAAGGAAGCCAAGCCUGCCACCCAAUCCAGUCAUCACAACGGAGACCACUGGAAAUUGGACUGGGACGUCUUAGGUGCUGGCAACAGAUGGGAAAACGACUUAAUUGGUUACCAGGGAACCGCAGACUACAUGCAAGGUACUAUCAUGAAGUUUGACAAUAAAGAUGCCGCAAUCAAAUUUGCUCAAGGUCAAGGUUGGGACCACUACGUUCAAGAACCAAAACAGAAGCACUUCAGAAAGAAAGAGUAUUCUGCCAACUUUUACCAUGUUGCUGGACCAUUAAAGCACAUUAGAACCAAGUAA